CCGCCUACAAACAAAAUGGUUACCAUCAUGGAGCAGACUCAGUUGAUGGAUGAACCACUUUUUAUAGAAGAGACUGAUAAUGAAAUAUCAGUUAGAAGACCUAUGGCAAUGAUAAAAGUCUUUAAUAAUGCUCACUGCCAAGAAAAAGAUUUUUUAUUAUUUCUUGGGGAAAACACAGUAGGUCGGGAGGAGACAUGCACUGUGGCUGUCCCUGUUGGAUCUGUGUCAAAGUGCCAUGCUGUUAUUGAAAUUGAGAGAGAUUCACAUUUAUUGUGGGAUCGUGGCAGCCUUAAUGGCACCCGCAAAGGACGCAAACUGCUGAAGCCAAGAGUCCAUUAUGAUCUGCAAAAUGGAGAUCUGAUUAUGUUUGCAGAUGUGCCCUGUCAGUAUAUCAUUCUGAACAAUGAAAGUCCCAGUGGGAUCCAAAGGACUCAGAAAAUGCCUCACACACUCUGGCAGCAACAAAUACAGUGGCUGAUAAAACCAAACAAGAAAUCAGCUGCAAGAGUGUGCUAUCGCAUAAUGGCUGUACAUUAG